AUGGUUUGUGAUGAAAUGAUGGGCGUCAUGGCAACCAUAAAGACUUGCAAUCUCGACUGUGAUGGUGACCUCAUAUACAAAGGCCAGUGCUGUCCGGAUUGUGUACCGGCGAUUACGCCCGGGUGCGAGGUUACCUACUCUAACAAGACAGUGGAUGUAGGGGAUUCGUGCCGCACCGUCGACCCUAUUGCACUCGGCGAAUGCGCGGGCCUGUGCUCGAGCUCGGUAGACUCGAUGUUGGAUAAUUCUUGUACUUGCUGUCAAGUCAGCCAAACAACUUCAAUCCAGGCACUUAUCGAGUGUCGAGAUUCCGCGGACGCGCAAUUAUAUCAUGUCAGUGGCACUCGUACUAUCGAAUCCAUCUCUCAGUGCGAAUGCCAACGCUGCAUCCCUUAA